AUGGCGUGGAACCUCGCGGCGCGCGUGCGCGCCAGGGAGACCGCAGGCGCCCCGCUGGGCCCCACGGUGCACGACCUGCGACGCACCUGGGAGGUUCUGCCGCCCGUGCACCACGCGAGGCUCACCGAGUGCCCCGAGGUCGUCCUCAGGCGCUUCUCGGACAGCGGCAGGCUCCUCCUGGCCUUCUCUAGGCAGCUCACGAGCCUCUUGGCCUACCUGGUCACCUCCGGCGAAGGCGCCGUGUCCAAUUUCGCCCGCGACCGCGACCGCUGCUUCCCGCCCAGCACCCGCAAGCGUCAGCGGACCGACGGAGACGCCGGCGACCGGCCCGCCCAGGCCCCGCGCACCGCAACGGACCCGGCCGAGCCGCCAACGUACUCGCACGGCGCUCCACCCCACACCGCGCCCGGCGAGGGCGCCGCGGAGCGGCAGCGCGGCGGAGAGGCGGCGCGGACGUUCCGCUCGAUGUUUCCGCCGCUCUGGACGUGGAGCGUCGGCCAGGCGCACUCCUGUCUGCACCCUGACGUGUUUCUAAUCACGAAAUCCGAUCGAUUCGUGAUCGUGGCGUCCAUGGGCGCGCCCGCGGGCGCCGAGGGGGCGGCGGCGCCGCGCAGCGCGGUGGGGGGGCGGUCGGUCGCGCUGCACGUCAUCCGGCUGCAGGACGGUGUGUGUACUGCGAGUAUGGAGCUGCCGGAGGGCGUGGAGCUGAGUGGGUGCCGGGGGCUCGAUCUGAUGGGGAGCUUGCUGACCGUGACGUGCCGGUCCACGCAGCAGAUCUGGAUCCUGCAGCUGCACCCGUCCGGAGAUCUGCGCACGCUGCACGAGAUCGGCGGGCUCAACGACGCCCUCGCACUCCCCCCCCUGACGGCGCCCAACUUUGCGCACCCGCUGCCCCCGCGCGCGCCCGCCGCCCGCACCGCGCACGAGCACGGCGCCGACACCGAGCACCACACCACGAUGCUCGGCGCGCUGCAGCAGUGCCUCCUGUCGUCGCUCCUGCGCAGCAUCAUGCAGCGUGACAGCGCAGGGGGGAGGGGCGAAGGCCUGGCGUGGUUCUACCACCAGUUCGACCUCCUCGCGAACGCGUGCGCGCACCGCGCCGUCGUCGUCGGACAGCAGCACCUCGCAGUCAUGUUCGAGGUGCCCAGCCAGCUUCGCAUGAAGGGCUCGGGCGAGUUCACCAGCCGUUACCUGACGGGGAUCUACGACACGGCGACGGGGAAGAUCGAGAAGCUGUGGGGCGGCUGGAACCUUCAACUCGUAUCUGAGAGCUCCUCCGACAUCAUGUCUGCGCGAGCCGUCGGGUGCUGCAGCCUCUGGGACCGAGAACACCCCACCUCCACUGCCCGCAACGUGGACGCCGCUGUCGACGGGGCCGCUGCGCACGGCGCGGCGGCGGCGCAGGCGAGCGCUAGUGAGAACCCUCGCAGUUUCACGUCGUCGUCGCCGUUGCUCGACGGUGCGAUCUUCCGCUGCGUGAACGACGCCGCGCACGCGUCCGCGCACGCGCCGCCCUUCCACGACCCGCUCGUGUCGCUUCAGCCCGUCCGGGCCACCGAAGGGGGGGGGGCCGAGGGCGGUGCGAGGCGGUCGCGGCAGGUCGACGUGACGCCCGUGGCGAACCCGGAGGAGCGAGGCAUGGCGUCUGCGCCCGCGAUGGUCUCGUGCCUGUUCCAUCCCGCACUGCCGAUGAUCCUGACAGCAUCGUAUGACUCAGGGGGGAUGCAAGCCCGGGUGCAGCUCGUGCGCGAGCCGGAGCGCUAG